UCUCCAAUCUCCACAUCUAAUCAGUUUCCUCUCAUCAACAUUUUCCAAUUUCAGGAAUCAAAGGUGUGUUCCAAACGUGUUUUUAUGUUUUUCAAUACAAUUUUACGUAUACGGCUUAGGUUUUUUCAGACCGAUGGUAGAUAAUCCCGAUUCAAUUGCAAAUUUGCAAUGCAUGUAAUUUCUUAGAUUUAGGGAUGAAGUUUGAAUACGAUUAAAGAUGUAAAUGACGCUCUAGAGGAACCAAAACCAGUUUUGUAUGGUAUAGAUCGUAAUCCUACAUGCAUAUAAUGUAAACACAAUAGCAUAUUCGCAUGAGCUAUAAGUGAAGAACCUUGAUUUUUAUCUAUCUUCUGGUAUAUAUAUACAUAUAUCUGUAUGUAUAUCUAGACAUCUCUGUUUAUUGAAUGGAUAAAAACGCUUCAUGUCCACCGUCACAAUCACAACCACCGCCGCCUAAAAAUCAAAAGCUACGUCGUUUCAAUGUGUGUGAGGAUGAUACACCGACUACCGCAUCUCCUACAGCAUCAACAUCAUCGAGCGCACAUUAUGAGUCGGAAAAGCAACAACAACCUAUCGCCACUCUUACCAGAAGCGCGGAAUAUCGUUCUCAAAAAAGCUCGACUGAUUCACCUCAAUGCUCUUCUCUUCAAUACUCAGACACGCUUUUCGAUUCACCACACACUCAAAUACAAUCCAUUGGUUCUCGGAAAAAGCCCUUGAAUGUUCUACUCUUACACGGGAAUCUAACUAUUUGGGUUCACGAAGCAAAAGACCUUCCAAGCAUGGACAUGUUCAACACCAGUGAUCCGUAUGUCACGAUUGCUAUAGGAAAUGCAGUUAUUGGAAAAACAUACGUGAUUAAGAACAUCGAAAACCCUAUCUGGAAUCAACGAUUUGAUGUUCAUGUCGCACAUUAUGCUUCUGAAGUUCACUUCCUCGUGAAAGACAGUGAUACAGUCGGAUCUCAACUUAUAGGAGUUGUAGCAAUCCCAGUUAAAGAUAUAUAUUCCGGAUCCAAAAUUGAAGGAUUCUUUCCAUUGAGGAACACAAACGGGAAACCUUUCAAGAAAGAAGCUUCUUUAAAACUUGCAAUGCAGUAUGAACAGAUUGAAAAAUUGAGCUCAUAUAACAAUGGAGUUGGAGCUGGCCUUAAAUAUAUUGGGGUUCCAGGUACUUAUUUUCCAUUGAGAAAAGGCGGGAAAGUUACUCUGUAUCAAGAUGCACAUGUACCUGAUAAUAGCCUUCCAUGUAGUGAGCUUGAUGGUGGCAUGCAUUAUGUUCAUGGGACAUGUUGGAUUGACAUAUUUAAUGCAAUUCAAAAUGCUAAACGUCUUGUUUAUAUCACUGGAUGGUCUGUAUGGCAUGAAGUCAAACUUGUUCGUGAGGCAGUCAAUGCACCAAAACACACACUUGGUGAUCUUCUUAAAAUAAAAUCACUUGAAGGUGUUAAAGUUUUGCUUCUUGUUUGGGAUGAUCCUACUUCAAGAAACAUCAUGGGCUACAAAGUGGAUGGAUUGAUGGCUACACAUGAUGAAGAGACACGCCGUUUUUUUAAGAACUCUUCAGUGCAAGUGAUGCUUUGUGCUCGUAUGGCUGGGAAGAAACAUAGCUGGGCUAAGAAGCAGGAAGUUGGAACUAUCUAUACACACCACCAGAAAACCGUAAUUGUAGAUGCUGAUGCUAAAAACGGUAAAAGAAAAAUUAUAUCUUUCAUUGGAGGACUUGAUCUAUGUAAUGGUCGAUACGAUAAUCCAAAGCAUCCAAUAUUUAAAACCCUAGACACAAUACAUGCAGACGACUUUCAUAAUCCUACUUUCACGGGUAAUAAUCUUGCGGGUUGUCCUAGAGAACCAUGGCAUGAUUUGCAUAGUAAAAUUGAUGGUCCAGCUGCAUAUGAUAUUAUCAAAAACUUUGAGGAGAGAUGGCUAAAGGCUUCAAAAGCUAGUGGUGUAAAAAAAUUGAAGGCUUUGUAUGAUGAUGCUUUAGUCAAAAUAGACACUAUGCCAGAAUUUUUAACCGUUAAUGAUGAACCUUGCCUUAGUGAUCAGGACCCUGAAGGUUGGCAUGUUCAGAUUUUUCGUUCUAUUGAUUCAAAUUCGGUUAAAGGGUUCCCAAAAGAUCCAAAAGAAGCUACAACCAAGAAUUUGUUUUGUGGGAAGAAUGUGCUUAUUGAUAUGAGCAUACAUUCUGCAUAUGUAACGGCUAUUCGUGGUGCCCAACAUUUCAUCUAUAUUGAGAACCAGUACUUUAUUGGAUCAUCCUAUAAUUGGAGUAAUUAUAAAGAUUUGGGUGCUAAUAAUUUGAUUCCGAUGGAGAUUGCUCUUAAGAUUGCUAAUAAAAUCAGAGCACAUGAAAGAUUUGCUGUGUAUAUCGUCAUCCCUAUGUGGCCAGAGGGUGUCCCCACAGGUUCCGCUACACAAAGAAUUCUAUUUUGGCAGAACAAAACAAUGCAAAUGAUGUAUGAGACAAUCUACAAAGCUUUGUUGGAUGUUGGACUAGAGGAAGCAGAGUCACCACAAGACUAUUUGAACUUUUUCUGUCUUGGCAACCGCGAAAACACCAUCCCUAAUCCUAAGACCGAUUUGCCUAAUGACAAUACUCCUGAGGGGUUGAGUCGUAAGAACGGGCGAUUCAUGAUCUAUGUACAUUCAAAAGGAAUGAUAGUAGACGAUGAGUAUGUGAUUAUCGGAUCUGCAAACAUCAAUCAACGAUCAAUGGAAGGAAAUCGAGACACAGAGAUUGCAAUGGGAGCUUACCAACCUCAUAAUACAUGGGGAAGAAAACACAUGGAUCCACGAGGACAGGUUUACGGAUAUCGAAUGUCGCUAUGGGCCGAGCAUCUUGGGACGAUUGAUGAGAAGUUCAAGCAUCCAGAAUCUGUUGAGUGUGUAAGACAGGUUAGAUCAAUGGCAGAAGCAAACUGGGCGAAAUUUGCGUCUAAUGAGAGAUGCGAGAUGAAAGGUCAUUUGUUGAAGUAUCCUGUUCGCGUUGAACGAUCGGGAAAGGUGAGAUCUCUUGAUGAAACUCUUGAGUUCCUGGAUGUUGGUGGCCAAAUUGUUGGGUCUUUUUCGGGAAUUCAAGAGAAUUUGACUAUCUGACUAUCAAAGUUAGGAGGGGCAUUUCCAACCCAAAUUUUUGUUGUAAAAACGAACGUAAAUUUGUU